CCCAGCCCACGUGCUAACGAAGCGGCUCGCUUCCCGAGCCCGGGAUGGAGCGCAGCGCCUAGGCACGCCGCGCCGCCCGAGAGCUACGUGCGCACGGUUCUCGGCGGAGAGAUGCCGACCGUGCGGAACUGACCGGUGCGGCCCGGGGCUAGUGGCGACUCUCCCUCGGAGUCCUCCCCAGCAGCGCGGCCCGCGCCGGCUCCUUGGAUGAGCCCUCCAGUUCCCCGACUUUGAGAGGCGCCUGUCUCCCGCCCGACCGUCCAGAUGCAGUUUCGCCUUUUCUCCUUUGCCCUCAUCAUUCUGAACUGUAUGGAUUACAGCCACUGCCAAGGCAACCGAUGGAGACGCAGUAAGCGAGCUAGUUACGUAUCAAAUCCCAUUUGCAAGGGUUGUUUGUCUUGUUCAAAGGACAAUGGUUGUAGCCGAUGUCAACAGAAGUUGUUCUUCUUUCUUCGAAGAGAAGGGAUGCGCCAGUACGGAGAAUGCCUGCAUUCCUGCCCCUCAGGGUACUACGGACACCGAGCCCCAGAUAUGAACAGAUGUGCAAGAUGCAGAAUAGAAAACUGUGAUUCUUGCUUUAGCAAGGACUUUUGUACCAAGUGCAAAGUUGGCUUUUAUUUGCAUAGAGGCCGUUGCUUUGACGAAUGUCCAGAUGGUUUUGCACCAUUAGAUGAAACCAUGGAAUGUGUGGAAGGAUGUGAAGUUGGUCAUUGGAGCGAAUGGGGAUCAUGUAGCAGAAAUAAUCGCACAUGUGGAUUUAAAUGGGGUCUGGAAACCAGAACACGGCAAAUUGUUAAAAAGCCAGCAAAAGACACAAUACCAUGUCCAACCAUUGCUGAAUCCAGGAGAUGUAAGAUGACCAUGCGGCACUGUCCAGGAGGGAAGAGAACACCCAAGGCCAAGGAGAAGAGGAACAAGAAAAAGAAGAGGAAGCUGAUAGAAAGAGCCCAGGAGCAACACAGUGUCUUCCUAGCUACAGACAGAGCUAACCAGUAAAAUAAAAGACACACAUGGUGGAUUUUGGGGGGUUUCUGUUUUUGCAAAAGUGCACAAAGCUACUCUCCACUCCUGCACUGGCGUGCAGCGUUUGUGCUGCUCUGACCAGUAUCUGUUCCCAGUAACAUGGUGAAAGGAAGCACCCCAAGCGUGACCUCUGUGUUAUUUAUGCUUUGAUUUGAAUCUGGAGAGUGUGAAGGCAGCAGUAAGUGCACGCCCUGCGACUUGGCUUAGUGUGUGCUGAGAGACUCCACCCCUGGCGCCGUGGGCACACAGGAAGUGCGAGCUGCAGACCACCACUGGAGAACGGACAUGUGCCUACUUAUGUGAAAGACGAUGCUCUCGGCAGGCAAAGUGCUAUUCACUCGUGACCUUUAUUUCUCACAGUGUGCAUUUUCAAGGAUACAUGUUCGUGGGUAUCUGCUUAGUGUUACCACAUGGUGUUCUCAGCAUCUGUUACCUCCAUACUGUUGUGCGAUGAAACUGCUUUUAGCUGGAGAUGUGCUCCAGAAAUUCCUGCUCAGUUUCACAGCAGCCCUAAUAUGUACAUAUUCUGCUGGGGCUAUAUGUAUCAAGCUCUUAUUUAC